GCGGAUAACUGAUAUGACACAGAGAGAGGCUCUAUGAUAUAAGUAAGUAACACAAGAGAGAAUUAUCUUCUUCUUCCAUUUUUAUUGGACCAAAAAGAAGAUAGAUAACAAAAAUAGAAAAAUCUAAGGUGUGGGAAGCUCUGCAGCUCAUCCAUCCAUGGCGACGACGAUUCCCACUACAGCUACCGCAACUAUGUGUCCGUCUCCUCCUGUCCCUACAAUCUCUCCCUUACUCAGAACGACUCACCAAUGUCAACCAUCUCCUUCUUUAUCAUCCCCAUUUUCUAUAAAGCUUAGUACGGCUCUGGUUUGCGGUGACACUACAGUGGAUAGAGUGGUUGAUAGCUCCGUGAUGAUCAAACCUGAGAAAUGGGGAAUUCAGUCAGAAAAGAGAAGGAAGAGGAGAAGAAGAAGAAGAGUAGGUUACGAACGUUUGGAGCCUGAAGAAGAGGAAAAUGCUGGCGUAGAAGCAGAAGCAGAGACAAUUAGUGUUCCUGUUGUUGGAGCUUCACGAUCUGGGUUUUUGAGUCGUUUAGAGGAGGUUCAGCUUUGCUUGUACCUCAAGGAAGGAGCAAAACUUGAAAAUUUGGGAACAAGUGUUGAAGAGAAUGAAAUGGUAUCAGUUUUGUUAGCCAGUGGCAGAGGGAAGAAGAAGCGUAGUGCAAAUGAAAUACUAUGCCGUAGAAAAGAAGCGAGAGAAAAGAUUACUCGUUGUUACCGUAGGUUGGUUGUUUCUAUUGCAACAGGGUACCAAGGCAAAGGUUUGAAUUUGCAAGACCUUAUUCAGGAAGGAAGCAUAGGGCUGCUUCGUGGAGCUGAGAGAUUUGAUCCCGACCGAGGAUACAAACUAUCAACUUAUGUCUACUGGUGGAUCAAACAGGCCAUCUUAAGGGCUAUAGCGCAUAAAUCUAGACUUGUCAAAUUGCCGGGAAGCAUGUGGGAGUUAACGGCAAAAGUUGCAGAAGCUAGUAAUGUGUUGACCAGAAAACUAAGAAGGCAACCAAGCUGUGAAGAGAUUGCAGAGCACCUAAACCUCAAUGUAUCCGCGGUUAGACUAGCUGUGGAGCGUAGCAGAUCCCCUGUUUCGUUGGACCGAGUCGCGUCUCAAAAUGGCCGCAUGACAUUGCAGGAAAUUGUACGGGGACCAGAUGAAACAAGGCCAGAGGAGAUGGUGAAAAGGGAACACAUGAAGCAUGAGAUUGAGCAACUCUUAGGAAGUCUUACCGCUAGAGAAUCUCGUGUAUUGGGACUUUACUUUGGGCUCAACGGAGAGACUCCUAUGUCGUUUGAAGAGAUAGGUAAGUCGCUGAAGCUUUCGAGAGAGAGGGUGAGACAAAUCAAUGGCAUUGCUUUGAAGAAGCUACGGAAUGUACAUAAUGUGAAUGAUUUGAAAAUAUACUAUUCCUCUAGUGAAUAAAAAGCAAAUAAAUUGGUUCUUCAUAAUCAUUAAUAGC